GUGUUCAAAAAACGAAUCGCACACGGCGUGCACAGACGACGAGCCAAAAAUAAGCAAAUUAUUUAGCUGACAAUCGUCGAAAGGGACACAAAGGAUUACCCAGCCGACGAUUGUUGGUUAAAUUUGCAAACGGCUAGCAACAAAAAAAAAAUAUUUAAAAAAUCCAAAACUCAUAUAAAACGCGAACAAAAAAAAAAACCAGAAUAAAUAAUUUUAAAAUUAAUAAAAAAAAAUAAAUAAAUUAAACGAGCUGCAAAGUGAACUCAACGAACAAGUGCAAAAUUCGAAACCCACAAAAAUUGUGACAAAUUUUGCAUUUAAACGAGCGCAUAUAUUGUGGAUAAUAUAUGCGGAAUACGAGCAAGUGAUUUAUAUACAUAUAUUUUCCUAAUUAUUCAUAAUUACGGAAAAGACCGAAAGAAUAAAAGGAAAAUUUAUGACGUGGCUAACGUACUAACCACACUGGGAAACUCAAGGAUACUUUGUUGAUUUGAUUAUUAUGGGGCGGCUAACAAUUUGGUUCCUCUUGGGACUUACGUUAAUCGCCGUUUCCAAUAAUGUUGGGUUUGCCAAUGCCGAGGUCGGACCAAGCGAAUCAGAAUGUCGACCCUACAUUGAGAAGGCUAUAAAUGAACUGAAAACAGAUGGUGUCACGAGUAAAGAUGGUUCUGGAGAAUUACAAUCCGAUCAGCCAAGUAGGGAUGAUGAUGACGACGAUGAUGGUGGGCUUGAUGAAAAAGAAACUGUUGAAAUUACUGAUGUGGAUUCCACAGAGGACGCGAAAAGCGCCAACGACAUUGACGGCGACGGCAUACCAGACGAUGAGGACGACGACAUUGAUGGCGAUGGCAUACCAAAUGAUGAGGACGACGACAUUGAUGGUGACGGAAUACCCAAUGACAAGGAUGACGACAUAGAUGGCGAUGGCAUACCGAAUGAGGAUGACGACGACAUCGAUGGCGAUGGCAUCCCUAAUGACAAGGACGAUGAUAUCGAUGGCGAUGGCAUACCGAAUGACAAGGACGAUGAUAUCGAUGGCGAUGGCAUUCCCAAUGAUGAGGAUGACGACAUCGAUGGCGAUGGUAUUCCCAAUGAGGAUGACGAGGACAUCGAUGGCGAUGGUAUUCCCAACGAGAAGGAUAAAGACCUCGAUGGCGAUGGUAUUCUGAAUCAUGAGGACAACGACUUGGAUGGCGAUGGUUUGCCGAACGAGAAAGACGAUGAUUUGGAUGGUGAUGGUACCGUAAAUCAUGAGGAUGAAGAUAUCGAUGGGGACGGUACGGUGAAUCACGAGGAUGGCGACUUGGAUGGCGAUGGUUUGCCCAACGAGAAGGAUGAGGAUCUGGAUGGAGAUGGCAAAGCAAACCAUGAGGACGAAGACAUCGAUGGAGAUGGUACCUUGAAUCAUGAGGACAGUGACAUCGAUGGCGAUGGCGUGCACAAUGAUGAGGACCGUGACGUCGAUGGCGAUGGUUUAACCAACUCUGAGGAGCCUCAAAGUGCCGAUAUCGAUGGAGAUGGCGUGCCAAAUCAUUUGGAUGACGACAUCGAUGGAGACAACAAGAAGAACGAGAAGGAUGAGGACAUGGACGGUGAUGGCAUCUUAAAUGAACAUGACAAUGACGUCGAUGGCGACGGUAUUCCCAACGAGCACGAGGAUAGCGGCGAAGACGACGAGGAGGAGGAAGUUAAGAAGCGUAGCAAGCGUGAAGUUGAUGCUGCUCCUAUUUUGGACGUCGAGGAACCCGCCAGCCCCGCUGAAGAAUUCCCCGUUGAGGAAGAGCCAGCUGAGGAGGAAGCUGUAGAGGCUGAAGUCGCUGCUGAAGCUGAGGCUGAACCUGAAGCUGAAGCGGAAGCAGAGCCUGCCGUGAGUGUGGAGGAAGAGAAAGAAGAGGAAGUAAAAGAAGAGCCAGAACCAGUUGCUGAGGAUGAGAAGUCCGCUGAGAAGGAGGUAGAAGCGGACAAGUCCGUCGAGGAAGCUGCUGAGGAGCAGCCUAAGCCUGCCGAAGAAAGCGCAGAGCAGGUUGCUGAGCCCGUUGAAGCCGCAGCUUCAGCUGAAGACGAAGCUGAAGCUGAAGAAGAGCCUCAGGCAGCGGAAACCGCAGUUGCUGCUGAAGAUGAAGUUGAAGAAGAUGACACCAAGCCUGAAGACGAACUGCUCUGGGAAGGAGAAAUCCCCCAGAACCGUCGUAGCCGUCAACACAUCUCUGAGCUUUUGCAGUUGGAUGAGGAGUUCAACGCUCGUGAAAAGGCUACCGACAAUGUGGCCGAGAUUAUUCUGCGCGAUAUCAAGAAGAUUUACGAGAAUGCCGUCAAACCCCUGGAGACGCUGUACAAAUACCGUGACUUGAGCAAUCGCCACUUUAGCGAUCCCGAAAUCUUCUCAAAACCAUUGAUUCUAUUCAUGGGUCCAUGGUCUGGUGGCAAGUCGUCCAUUCUCAACUAUUUGACCGACAACGAAUACACGCCCAACUCGUUGAGAACCGGAGCGGAACCAUCUCCGGCAUACUUCAACAUACUGAUGUGGGGCAAUGAGACCGAGGUUUUAGAUGGCACUCAACUGGCAGCUGAUUACACCUUCGCGGGUCUGCAGAAGUUCGGUCAGGGACUUGAGGAACGUCUGCGUGGCCUGAAAAUUAAGAGCAAGUUGCUCGAAAAGGUCAACAUCGUUGAGAUACCCGGCAUUCUUGAGGUACGCAAACAAGUCUCGCGCGUCUUCCCCUUCAACGAUGCUUGCCAGUGGUUUAUCGAUCGUGCCGACAUCAUCUUUCUGGUCUACGACCCAGCCAAGUUGGAUGUCGGCCCAGAGACCGAGGCCAUUCUCGAUCAGCUGAAGGGGCGCGAGUAUCAGACGCGCAUCAUUCUUAACAAGGCGGACACUGUGAAGCCCGAAGAGCUGUUGCGUGUGCAGGGCGCCCUCAUUUGGAACAUCUCGCCGCUGAUGUCGUCGGCGCAACCGCCACUUAUGUAUACCACCUCGUUGUGGACGCAUCCCUAUCAGGAUGGAGCACCAGCCCGUCUGCUCUUGGCCCAGGAGCGUGCGUUCUUGCGCGAUUUACGUACUGCCAUCGAUAAACGUAUCGAGCACAAGAUUGCCAGUGCUCGUCGCUUUGCUGUGCGUGUGCGUAAUCAUGCCAAGAUGGUUGACUGCUAUUUGAACACCUACUAUAACCACAAGACGCUGUUUGGCAACAAGAAACGCAUCUCGGAUGACAUCAUCGAUCAUCCACAACACUAUCACAUCUACGAGGGUCUCUCGACCCUGACCAACAUCUCACGUUACGAUUUACCCGAUCCCGAGGUCUAUCGCGACUUCUUCCGUCUGAAUCCUCUGUACGAGUUCAAGAAACUCACCGAGACUUGCACCUACUUCCGCGGCUGUCCCAUUACCAAAUUGGACUUGGCUAUUGCUUACGAGCUGCCCGAAUUGGCGGGCAAAUACAAGAAAAUGUCCGAUGCCGCUUUGGCCACCAUUGAGGCACAGGCCGAGAAAGCCGAGUCUGAGGCAGUCGAGGUAAAUGCGGAGCCGAAAAAGACGAGAUGAGGUGUUGGCUCCGUUAAGGAGAAACCUGCCAUUUAGUUUGUUUUAAAGAGAGAUAGAUAGAAUGUGACAUCGGCUUCGUUAACCGUCUAGAGACAAUUAACUGCAUCAUAUUUUUAUGGAGAGAGUGAGAGAGAGACACAUCCACCUAGAGCCAAACAAAUGAGAGCAAAUAAAAUUGUUAACGUACUUAAUGACGAUGAUGACAACAAACUACAAACAAUAACAGGAACAAAACAAACAGAGAACAACAACAACAGC